GUUGAAGAAUACACAGUGAAGGGAGAUAAGCAAAGACAAACAACAAUUUUGCCAGAGCAGAUAUCUGAUUGUCCAGACGAAGAAUAUGAAGUACUACUUCUAGAUGAGAUGUUUCCAGAAACUUCAAGAACUUCUAGCGGAUUGCUUGAGAAGAAAAUAAAGAUCCAACCUUCUGUCCAAGAUAACAUGAAAUUAUUUUAUUUAAGCGAUGACAUUGAGAAUUCGUGGGAACGAGAAAUGAAAUUUUCUCGUACAUUACGAAAAAUAUAUGAACAGGAUUGCAUAUUAAGACGCAUACAAACCAAUUGCGAAAAUAUAGAUAAGAAGUUAGAUAAAUUAGAAAAUGAUAGAUUAAACAUCGUUACCGAAAAUGUCAAUAAUACAUUAUCUUAA